AUGGAAAGAUGUACUUUUUAUCAAGCGAGACAAUCGCAAACAGAGUCAGUGUCGGAGUUUGCGGCAAGAUUAAAAAGUUUAUCGAUUAAUUGUAACUUCGGUGACGCGAAAAUAGCAUUACGCGAUCAGUUAGUGUGCGGACUGAAAGAUCACACUACAAAAACGUUAUUAUUCCGCGAGGAUAAAUUAACAUACGACUCAGCCUACAAACUGGCAACAGCGCUGGAAACAGCCGAGAAGUAUGCGUCAUCGACAGACCAAGCAGCUGGAGAACCAUCAAAGACAAUAGUAAACAAAAUAAGCUCGGCUCCAAAGCCAGAGUACAAGAGACAAUUUCACACAAGAGGAAGGGGUGCAGAUCGAGGUAGAAGGGGCGGCAACCAGCGUUACCUGAACAGAGCUCCGAUGAAUAGGGGUAACCGCUCGACGAGUGAAAACGCGAGCGCAAAUACUAGGCGCUCGUCAGCAUGUUUCUGCUGCGGAAGAAACAACCACUGGGCUCGUGAUUGUUAUCACCGGUUCAGCACGUGCAACUCGUGUAAAAGAAAAGGGCACCUGGAGACGGUGUGUACAGCACAAAAGACGGUACAACACCUUGAGCAGGAGUCUGAGGAUCAACAAGGGGACAAGAACGAUUUCUUCAUGAUGGAUGAUGGCCGCGAGAGAAAAUCAUCGAGGAUGACCAUCAGCAACGCAAAUUUCAGUAGCGAUAAUAUAACAGCCGAACCAAUGUAUCUGGAUGUAUUAAUUAAUAAUAGGAUUCUAAAAAUGGAAAUGGACACAGGUUCGUAUGCAACGAUCAUAUCUAAGAGAGAUAAAGACAGAUAUUUUCCAAAUUGCGAGGUAAAGUUGAUUAGUAGUCCAUUAAACGCAUACGGUAAGGUACCUUUAGAGCAUGUGGGAACACUGGAUAAUUUGCAGGUAAAGAUAGGCAAUGAGAAAGCCUCACUGGGAAUGAGAGUAAUGAAAGGAGAUGGUCCAAUGUUAAUUGGCAGGCAAUGGCUAAAAGUUUUUGGAUUAUGGCCUCUAAAACUGAAUAAGAGAGCAGAUAUGUGUAACAAAAUUUAUGGAAUAAAUGAAACGAUGGGGUUCCCAACGAAGUUUCCAAAAUUGUUUGGUAAAGGUCCAGGUUUAUAUAAUAAAGGAAUGUUAAAAUUAACGUUAAAAGAAAAUACUCAGCCAGUCGCAUUGAAAGCUAGACACUUGCCAUUUGCAUUAGCGAGUAAAGUCGAAAACGAGAUUGAUAGACUGGUAACAUUAGGCUAUCUAGAGAAGGUGGACGUCAGCGAGUGGGCUACACCCAUUGUACCGGUAAUAAAGACAGACGGCACAGUAAGAAUUUGCGGAAAUUUUAAGUUGACGUUAAACCCAAAUUUAGUUAAAGAUAGACACCCAAUUCCAUUAAUCGAUGAGAUUUUUUUAGCGCUAAGAAGCGGUAAAACUUUCUCGCAGAUUGAUCUCCAGCAUGCUUACAUGCAGAUCCCGGUAGAGGAGAGCAGUCGAGAUUACUUGACAAUAAUAACGCACAAAGGCCUCUACAGGUAUACCAAAAUGCCGGAAGGUAUUGCGUCGGGCCCAGAGCAUUUAGAAGCGCUGAACGCUGUAUUUAAAAGACUCGAAGACUAUGGUUUCAAAGUAAAUAUUAGCAAAUGUGAUUUUUUCAAAGAAAAGCUGGACAUUUUGGGUUUUGUUAUAGACCAGAAUGGGCUUCACAAAUCAAAAACCAAAGUCAAAGCAAUGAUAGAAGCACCAACGCCGGUAAACAAAAAACAAUCAGACUCAUUUCUUGGGUUGAUCACUUACUACGCGAGAUUUCUGCCACAGAGAGCAGAAAAACUGAAAUGUCUUUAUGAGUGUACGAAAGCAGAUAAUUUUAAUUGGACAAAACAAUGUGACAAAGCGUUUGAGUGGGUCAAGGGGGAGUUGGUAUCGCCUCGAGUGUUAGCACACUACGAUCCUAACACCGAUUUGAUCUUGUCCUGCGACGCAUCCACAUACGGGUUAGGAGCGAUCCUGUCACAUAAAUACAAAGACGGUACCGAGCGACCGAUAGCGUUCGCGUCUAAAAUAAUUCCGGAGAAAGAAGCGAGUCGUGCGAUAAUUGAUAAGGAAGCGAGUGCAAUUGUAUUCGGCUUUAAGAAAUUUUAUAAUUAUGUAUUCGGCAAAGAGAUUACGUUGAGAACAGAUCAUAAGCCUUUAGUUUUUAUUUUUGGUCCAAAGCAAGAGAUCCCUUUAACAGCAAGUAGGCUGCAAAGAUGGGCAUACUUCUUAUCACGAUUCAAUUACAAUAUUGAAUAUAUUAAAUCACAGCAAAAUGGUAACUGUGAUGCACUUUCACGACUUCCAAUCAAAGAUGCAACUCCAGUGUUCGAUGACGAAUUAUCAUCAAUAAACUAUAUAUCAGAGUCGUUACAAACAUUAAGCGCGGUAGAAAUUGCCAAAGAGACAAAAAAAGAUAAAGUAUUAAAUAAAAUAGUUCGAUAUGUAAACGGUACAUGGCCAAGUGUGAGUGAAUUGAGUGAAAGGGAACAGAAAUACUAUGCGAAACGAGACGAGCUGUAUGUCGAAAAAGAAUGCUUGUUAUGGGGGUAUCGCAUAAUAGCGCCAGAAUCAAUGAAAAACAGUGUGUUAAGUGAAUUACACGCCUCACAUUUCGGUGUGGUAAAGAUGAAAAUGCUAGCGAGAAGUCACGUGUGGUGGCCGAAUAUCGAUAACGAUAUCCAGAAUGUAUCGGCAGCAUGCAGAGUGUGCGUGCAAGAAAGAAAGAAACCACCGAGUGUUCCGUUAACGCCAUGGCCGUACCCAGAUAAUUGUUGGAGUAGGAUUCAUAUCGAUUUCCUUGGCCCAUUCCACGGACAUAUGUUUAUGAUAAUUGUUGAUGCGUACUCGAAAUGGCCAGAGGUCAUUGAUAUGAAUAAAAGUACCACAGUACCGCGAGUACUCGAGGAGGUAAAAAAAGUGUUGUCACGAUUUGGUUUACCAAGACACGUAGUUACCGAUAACGGUACUCAAUUUACAAGUAAAGAAUUUCAAGAGUUUUGUAAAAUAAAUGGUAUUAGACAGAGUUUUACAGCACCGCACCAUCCAGCAACAAAUGGUGCAGCUGAGAACUUUGUAGGCACGUUUAAGGACAAAGUCGAUAAAAUUGUUCAAACCGGUAAACCUCUAGACUACGCAGUUAAUCUUUUCUUAUUCGACUAUCGAUCAAUAGAACACUGUACAACUGGCAGAUCACCAUCGUUUAUGAUGUACAAACGGGAAAUUAAAACUAGAUUUGAUUUGUUACGACCGAGUGUAUUGGAUAGCGUAGAGAAACAGCAAUCUGCACAGAUAGCGGGAAGAAAAAGCAGUCGAAUUGUUGAAUUCCAGAUAGGUGACACGGUGAUGGUUGAAGAUUUUAGCGUUAGAAGCAAAGCGCGGGUACCAGGUACAAUAACAAAGAAAUUGUCACCGGUAACGUUUCUAGUAGAAACCGCACCCAACAAAACAUGGAAACGACAUGUCGAUCAAAUUAUCCGAUACACGCCCGAGAUUGAUGAUAUAAAUAAGUCAGUGCCAAAGGUAACAACGAACAAAUCUGAUAUUGUAUUACGUCGUUCAAACCGAUUGAAAAACUAA